AUGGCAACCUCCGUUAACAUCAAUCAAAUUGUAAGGCUGAAACAGGUGAUGAAGAGGUGGAAGACAAUGAGCAUGAAGCUCAGACAUGCACCCUCUCCAGAUGCCACUGACAGUGAGACUGACACCGAUAUUGAGGCUUGUAAGCCCCGCACUCCCUCAGGCUUCCUUGCCAUCUACGUUGGAUCGGAGCGGGAAAGGUUCUUGAUACCAACUAGGUAUGUGAAUCUUCCAGUGUUUGUCACCCUCUUGAAGAGAGCAGAGGAGGAGUAUGGAUUCAAGUUCAGUGGAGGGAUAGUGGUGCCUUGUGAAGUAGGGUUCUUUAGGAAAGUGUUGGAGUUUCUUGAGAAAGAUGAGAAGAAGUUUGGGAGCUUGGAGCUGGAUGAGUUCUUGAAGAUAUUUUCUGAAGUGGGUUUUGAUUCUUCAUGCAAGGCAAGUAGCUACAACAUUAAUACUUGUCAUGAUCAGUUCACACAUCUGAUGCACAAGGCCAGCUAG